AUGGAUGAUUUCAAUCUUGAACCAAUAAAUAAGUUACCUAUUAAGCGACUAUUCGAUUAUAAACAGGGGAAAGUUAAAGAAACUACUAAAUUACCUAAAGAAUUCGACCUUCAAGGAAAUGACAUAUUAUUUAAAGUUAAAUUGAUAGGUAUUAAUUAUUUAAAAGAUUUCGAGUUACUCAAGAAUUAUCAAAGGAAUAUUGUACCAGGGAAUAAAUUCAUAGGUAAGAUAUAUGCUUUCAAUGAAAAUUGUGAUAAUAUCAAGGAUUAUGAAGCAUUAUCUUUUGAUAGUAAGUAUUUAGUGUUUCCUUAUACCAAUUGUUUGCAACAAAAUCAUCAACCCAUCUGUCAUAAUUGUAAUAGAUUCAUUUUCAAUGGAGAAAAGUUACCAUGUAUCUUAAAUUUUGAAUAUGGAGUCAAUUUGAAUGGUGGAUUCCAAGAUUAUGUUAAGAUGGCCAAUUUUUCCCAAAUUGCAAUUAAACUUCCUUACAAUGUUAGUAAUCAUGAUGCUCUUUUCCUUAUAGACUUAAUGUUACCGUUUUAUUGUUGCAUCAAACAACAUUUCCAUGAAACCUUUCAUCAAUUCAAUUUCAAUGGUAAGAAACUUAUCAUUCUUAAUGACGUUACCAAGGAAUUAAAUGAUAUUCUUAUAAUACUUAAACUUCUCAAAUUAAACGAGAAGAACUUUUCAAUAAUAGAUGCCAAAUUUAUUGAAGAAAACCCUCAUGAUGAAUGGUAUGGGAAAUUUCAAGAGGUUUUCCUCUUCAACUUUGAUCAAACAUCCAUCCAAUUUGCAUUUAAAUCCCUUAUAUCCACGGGUUUGACAUCUAUAAAGGCCCGUUUCCAUAUUUUCCUAUUCAAUCAGUAUAAUCCUUCAAGUUUUGAUUCUGUAGAUUCCAUUUAUGAUUUCAAUAUCAACGAUAAAACUGUCAUUCAGUUCAAAUUGAAUUGGUUCAAUAAAUCUGAUUUGAUCGAAAUUCUUGAUUUCAUAUCAUCUUUGAACAAUUCAAUUCCAACUACCAAAUCCUCAAAUACUUCAAUAAUGUCAAAUUCAACUUUCCAGUUACCUUCACCAGCAUCCGACUAUAAGAUGUCUUCGAAACAACCAUGGCUAUGGUAUGAAAAGGACUAUGAUUUAACCAGUGGAUUACAAAAAUUGUCUAAUCAAACAGAUAAAUUCCAAUCCAUCAAACAAAUCAAUAAAUUGGUACAAACAAAUAAAUUUACUAGAAUUUGUUACAACAAUAAACCUGUAAAGACAAAGAAGCUCAAUGCCAUGGUUUUCUAG